CGCUUACCACCGGACCAAUAAGCCAAUUCAUGUUUUUCUGGUGUCCGAAAAACUACUUUGCAUACUUUGCAGUUAUAUUUUUCAGUGCGGGCUUUUGAAAUUUUUCUCUUACAUCCCAAAAAUUAAUCGAUUUCAAUUCAAAACCCUUCUUCACUCACAACAUUCUCUGCUAGGGUUUCGAUUUCAAUUCAAUCAUGUGGAAACAAUUAUCGCGUUCACACGUGCGUUCAUUCGCUACACGUGCGUCAAACUCCCACCAUAACAACCACCGCGAAAAUCACAAGUUCCUCUCACCGAGUUCCUUUGUUGGAAGCUGGCAAGCUCCAAAGGAUCCAAAGGAAGCCGAAGCAAUGCUUGCUCAGCUUCGUAGAGACUAUGCAAAGCAAGUGAAAGAGGUUCGGAAGGAAUACAUCACAGAAAUGGAGGCCAUGGCUUUGGAGAAGCAGCGAAAGGACGAGGCUCGGAGGGAAUCACUUCGAGUCGCGAAUGAAGAGCGUAAGAAACUUAAGGCUCAGGCUGCUCAACUUAGAGCUCAGGAACGUAAUAUUGCUAAACAACAGUUUCAAGAAACUCUUUUAAAAGAGAGAGCAGAGAAACUUGAAAGUUGGAGGAUGCAAACCAAGAAACAUGAAGAGAAGAAGGCUGAGAAGAAAGAAUUAUUGCAUAAACGAAGUUCGUUGUGGGUUGAUGAAGCCGAACUCGAGAAGGAAAUAACAAGUGUUGUAAUUGCUACAACAUAUCUUUGAUCCCCUUGCAGUUUCAUAUUUCUACUGGUUAGUAGAAUCUAGUCAUAUGUUCAAAGAAGCCGCAUAGAAAAUAAUUCUUGUAUGAAGAGUAAAUCAUGUGGUUAGUUGUUGUUCUACACAAGUUAUGUGGCGUCUUUGUUUCUUGUUUGUGGUCCUAAAGCCUUAAAACAUGAUUUUGCUCAUGACGCUCUUUCAAAUUCAACAACGCAUCUAUACUGGAAAAAAGCAAAUCGUCUUCCCCAA